AUGCAGCUGUCUCAAAUCUUUAGCCUCGCGGCCCUGGCCUCCGUCGUCUCGGCCAUAACCGUCUCAUACGACCCCGGCUACGACAAUCGCGAUCGAUCCCUUACCGCCGUCUCCUGCUCCGACGGCCCCAAUGGCCUCAUGACGCGCAAGUCGUGGCGGAAGCAGGGCGAUAUUCCCGUCUUUCCCUUCAUUGGCGGUGCCCAGGUCAUCGCCGGCUGGGGAUCACCAAAUUGCGGCACCUGCUGGAAGCUCGAAUUCCAGGGCCAGAGCAUCAACGUCUUGGCCAUUGACCAUACCGAUGCCGGCUUCAACAUCGCCCAGGCCGCCAUGGACAAGUUGACCAACAACCAGGCCGUCCAGCUGGGCCGCAUCGACGCCAAGGCUACUCAGAUCGACUCCAAGAAAUGCGGCAUGUAG